AUGCAGACGGUGAGAGAUACAGAUGCACCUUUCUCAUCCUAUCUCGCACCCGAUAACAAGGCAACAAUCACUACAGGACCUGUUGAGGACACCGCCACUGAGCUUAGCAUAUUCGAUGCUCACAAAUACUUCAACGAUGAUAGCAGCAGCAACAACAAUAACAUUCAAAAGGUUAGCAUCAGCAGAGUCUCUCCUAUGGAACGAAUUCCAGAGAGGGGUGACCUCAUCGUCACCGAAGCCACCAGAUACUCCUCUGCUUCAUCCUCUGUGGACGGCUACGCCCACAUCAGAAACUACAGAGCGCGUUCGUUCCACGCGGCAACUCCAACGGCUUCCUCAGAAGCCAGCUGGAACAGCCAAACCGGGUUGCUAUCACACCCUCCAGGAGCAAUCCCAGUCUCAAUGCAAAACCCUAAAAACCUUCAAAACCCCAAACACUCCAAAUCAAUUUGGCUACUAAGGAGAAAAUGUCCUUGCAGGGGUAAAAAAUCAGUUCAAGUCAAAGAAUCAACUCAAGAAUACAAAUCUCAGAUAUCACAACAAGAAAGAGAUUACGAACAUCAAAACGUUCGGAAUCACGUCACACCAAAUAACUGGAUUCUGAAUCAAGCACCGGCACCGAUGCCGGUACCAGUAUUAGCAACAGCAACAAUUGCCGCGCCGAAAUCACAACGGUUUAAUAAUUCCAACUCUCACAGAGUUUUGAGCUCUGUGAGAGUACCGUUCACCGACGGAUUCACUUUCCCCGUGCUAAACCCUAACAAUCCAAUCACGAAACUAAAACUCGCAAACGGCGUCGCAGAGGAAGAUCCGCCACGCGACUCGUUGGAGGUGUUCCGGCCUCCGGACGAGCCAUCGCCAUCGCCAAAGCCACUAAACUUCACAUUCCCGGUGAAGGCGCGCGUGGUCGAAGACGACGCCGCGAGCGACGCGAGCUCCGAUCUCUUCGAGAUCGAAAGCUUCUCCACCGCGACGCAGUCAGCGUACCGUCGCAACAGCAGAGACUCGUUCGACGAGGCCUCGGGAUCGACCUCAACGACGGGGUUCUUCUUCGGGCGAAGAAGCGUGGACGAGGGCUCCACGACGCCGACUAUAACGGAGUGUUACGAACCGAGCGAGGCUAGCAUCGAGUGGAGCGUGACGACGGCGGAGGGACACGAUGAGGCGUUUCCGGGCGUGGAGGAGAAGUGGAAGCGGAAAGGGGGAAACGGUUUGUUGGUGAGCUGUCGGUGUGAGAAGGCGGUUAGCGUGGGGCCGCAGCCGGUGAAAUGUGGAUCAGAGGGACAAAGAGGUGCCACGUCACCAUCAGCAUCACAUGUGAACGCUAUCGCCAGUGGAGGGAACAGUAGUAGGAUUGGGAGUGUAAAUAAGCCACCACUUGCGAGGGCUCACCGCAACGCACCUCGCGUGUCGCUUGCUUUUGCGACAUAG